AUGGAGUAUCCAGCGGGGAAUAAUCUUUUGGACAUUCAAUUGCUAAUAAAACUGUUUUCCGGUUGCUGUCGGGAGGAAGAUGUUUGGUUACUCCCGUACUUUGGGAAGCUCUUCUACUUUGUUAACCGCGAUGUUGAACAGAAGCUCCGUAUUCUUUAUGAGUACCACGAAUCUAAUCCAACCGACUAUAAAACAAUCAAUAUUAUGACGAAAUAUGAGCAUGAUCUUGGAAUCACCGGUACAAAGCACAUCGGUUGCCGAACUCUGCUUCGUCUUCACCGAGCGCUUUUGUUUGUCAUUGAACUCAUGACUGCAAUGUGCAGUGGUAAGUUCACUCUUCACACUGGCUUCUUCAACCUUCGGGCACGAUUUUCGAACCUAGGUAGAAUAACAACUUUUAUUUCAAUAGCCCAACGGAACUCGGCGACACUCAAUCAUGGAGCAUCGCUUUGCACUUUGAAGAUGCGAAGCGGAUACCGAACGGAGCAACAGAACUUUCUAGUCUGUCAGGUGCGCUUUGUGCAUUCUUCAUAUACUUAA